UAUGAUAAAUAUACCUGCAAUCACCAAGCCAAAAACCAGACAGCACUUCACUUGGGAGUGAGAUAGCCUAGUUGAAGUAGUAGGAGAAGGCAAAGCCCUCUCCUUCAUCCCUUCUCCUUCAACAUCGUCAUCAUCACCAUCAUCACAAGGUUGUGUGUCAACUCAGCUCGAUCAAGCUAGCUAGCUACUAGCUGCCACUACUGCAGCUGUAGUAGUAUAGCAUCCAAUCCCACAGCCUAGCUAGCUGUGGUGUUGGUAUAGUGGCUUGUGUGUGAAAAACACCCGAGAGACAGAGAGAUUUUCAUCCAUCGAUCGAUCGCCAUGCCGCCUCAGGAGUUGCAUGGCGAUGAUCAUGGCCGCCACCACCACCACCAGACACCCGCUGGCAGCGGCGGGGGCGGCGCCGGUGACGGUCACCACCGCGACUUCAGUUCUCCACCUUCAACCACUUCUUCUUCUUCUUCUUCUUCUUCUUCUUCUUCUACCAAUUCUCCCACCGCCACCGCCGCGUCGUCCUCUUCCACCAACACCUCCGGCGCCGCCAUCGUCCACCCCACUACCUCAAGUCACCCCUCCGUCGCCUCCGGCCACCACUCCGCCGCCAACUCUUACCCUCUUGUCCUCAAGUUCGAGGAGGUGGUGUACAAGGUGAAGAUCGGCAAGCCGGCGGCGGGGUGGUGCGCGAGGAUGUCGUCGGCGAUCGGCGGCGGCGGGGAGGGGAGGAGGAAGAAGGGUGCGGCGGCAGUGGCGAAGGAGAAGACGAUCAUCAGCGGGAUGUCCGGGGUUGUGCGGCCGGGUGAGAUGCUGGCGAUGCUUGGGCCGUCGGGGAGCGGCAAGACGACGCUGCUGACGGCGCUGGGCGGCCGGCACGGCGGCGGCGGCGGCGGCGGGCGGGGGAUGCUGUCCGGGAAGAUCACCUACAACGGGCAGCCGUUCUCCGGCGCGGUGAAGCGGCGCACCGGGUUCGUGACCCAGCACGACGUGCUCUACCCCCACCUGACCGUCGCCGAGACGCUCUGGUACACGGCGCUGCUCCGUCUCCCCCGCGCGCUCGGCGCCGGCGAGAAGCGCGCGCAGGCGGAGGAGGUGAUGCUGGAGCUCGGGCUCGGCAAGGUGGCGCACAGCAUGAUCGGCGGCGUCCGCGGCGUGCGCGGGCUGUCCGGCGGCGAGCGGAAGCGCGUCAGCAUCGGGCUCGAGAUGCUCGUCGACCCCAGCCUCCUCCUCCUCGACGAGCCGACCUCCGGGCUCGACUCCACCACCGCCGCCAGGAUCGUCGGCACGCUCCGCCGCAUGGCCGCCGGCGGCGGCCGCACCGUGGUGGUGACCAUCCACCAGCCGUCGUCGAGGCUCUACCACAUGUUCGACAAGGUCCUCCUCCUCUCCUCCGACGGCUGCCCCAUCUACUACGGCCUCGCCGCUGACGCGCUCUCCUACUUCGCCUCAGUCGGCUUCGCCUCGCCGCUGUCGCUCAACCCGGCUGACCUCAUGCUCGACCUCGCCAACGGUAUCGCGCCGCAGAUCAGCGGCGGUGGUGGUGAUGGGGAUGUUGGUGGUGGCGCGGCGGCGGCGGCGGCGAACGGCGGGGGGAGUGAGGCGGAGCUGAAGGAGGUGAGGGGGAAGCUGGCGGCGGCGUACGAGCGGCACAUUGCGCCGGCGGUGAAGCUGGACAUCUGCGCGCGGGAAGGAGGCGGUGGUGGUGGUCAGGGCGCGGCGGCGGCGGCGGCGGUGGCGGGGAGGAGGAGGCGUGGUGGUGGGAAGGCGGCGGCGGAACAGUGGACGAACGGGUGGUGGGCGCAGUUCACGGUGCUGCUCCGGCGAGGGGUGAAGGAGCGGCGGUACGAGUCGUUCAACAAGCUCCGGAUCUUCCAGGUGCUGAGCGUGGCGAGCCUCGCCGGGCUGCUGUGGUGGCGCACGCCGGCGGCGCACCUGCAGGACCGGACGGCGCUCAUCUUCUUCUUCUCCGUCUUCUGGGGCUUCUUCCCGCUCUACAACGCCGUGUUCACCUUCCCGCUCGAGCGCCCCAUGCUGGUGAAGGAGAGGUCGUCGGGGAUGUACCGCCUCUCCUCCUACUUCGCCGCGCGCACCGCCGCCGACCUACCCAUGGAGCUCGCCCUCCCCACCGCCUUCGUCGUCAUCCUCUACUGGAUGGGCGGCCUCGACCCGCGCCCUGGCCCCUUCCUCCUCUCCCUCCUCGUCGUCCUCUACAGCGUCCUCGUCGCCCAGAGCCUCGGGCUCGCCAUUGGCGCCGUGCUCAUGGACGUCAAGCAGGGCACCACCCUCGCCUCCGUCAUCACCAUGGUCUUCCUCAUCGCCGGCGGCUACUACGUCCAGCACAUCCCGCCCUUCGUCGGCUGGCUCCGGUGGCUCAACUACAGCUUCUACUGCUACCGCCUCCUCAUCGGCAUCCAGUUCGGCGACGGCGCCGCCCACUACGACUGCGGCGGCGGCGGCGCGCGCUGCCUCGUCGCCGACUUCCCGGCCAUCAAGGCCGUCGGGCUCAACAACCACUGGGUCGACGUCUGCGUCAUGGCGCUCCUCCUCGUCGGCUACCGCGUCAUCGCCUACCUCGCCUUGGACCGCCUCAAGCCAAGGUGAAGCUCGCCGUCGCCAUCGCCAUCGCCGGCGGCGUCAGCUAUCCAAGUAUCCAUCUAGCUAGAGCUGCUGAUCCAUCCAAGACAAGAACAAGAAGGGUCAAUUAAUGAUUAACCCUGGAAAAUUAAGUUUCAUUUCUUCUUAAUUUUCUUGGAUGGAUGCUGCUGCUUCACCCAGAGAGUUUAUAGCUUAAUCGAGUGAUUAAUUAAUGAAGAGAGUUAAUUAAUUAAGUAUAAGAGAGCAGAGAUGAGAUGAUGACAUGUUCCAUCAUGUAAUAAUAACUAGUGCUAGUAAAGGGAGUUGGAACCCUCAACCCUGUACAAUACAAGAACACUAUACAAACCCUGCAGCAGCUGCAGCUUGGCUCUGACCAGCAAUUUUUUUCAUGCCACUGCUGAUUCAGUUA